AUGUUAAAUUAAGAUGGAGAUUUGAACAUAUAAUCAUUUCAUAAUCAAAUUCCCAAAGCAUUGAACAUCACUGAUGAAUCCUUUAGUCUCGAAAAUGACAUGCUAUUUGGCUGGACACCCAAAAUGGAUUAGAGCAAAUUACUGACACUGAACUUCAAUACUUAAUUAAACGACUAAAUAGUAUUGGAAGCCUCCCAGAACAAUAAACUAAUCUAUAUUGGAUUUAGACCCUAAGAUAGCAUCUAAAUGCAUAAAUAAUAUUCAGCUCUUUCAUCUUACCCAUUUAAACGAACCAUAGCAAUCCAAAACAAACCAUAAUCUCCAUUUUUAGGGAUGAAUCCUAAUUGCUUUAGUAGAAUUAAAUUCAACUCCAUUUUUGAGAGUGGCAACUUGGAUAUCGUAGUCUAAGUGUCAGAAUUCGAGUUUGAUUUAUAUAUGAGAGUAGAUGGUAACACUUAAGGACACACUUCUUGGUACAAUUUUGAAUUAAGCGGUAUGAAGAAAGGAGAAAAAAUACAAUUGAAUAUUUGCAAUUUCACUAAAUCCCACCGUCUUUAUGAACGAGGAAUGAAACCUUAUAUUUGGAGAUCUACAACAUAAGAAUGGUUAUAAGGAGGAGACAACAUCUCAUAUUAAUAAUUUCAAAAUAAUAAUUGUUUAAGCUUUUGCAUUGAAUGCAAUAAAGAAAAUGAACUAUUAAAGAUUGCGUAUUGUAUUCCAUACACAUUUUCUUAAUUAUUAGAAUAUUGUGAUAAUUUAGAAAGGAGAUGUAAUAAUGUCAAACGCAAAGUAUUUUGUGAGUCAUUGGGAGGGGUGCAAUUACCAAUCCUAAUUUUUAAUAAUGGUAAAAGUUUUAGUAAGAAAUGCUUGAUUCUCUAAGCUCGAAUCCAUCCUGGCGAAUCAAAUGGUUCGUGGGUAAUGCAGGGUCUAUUGGAUUUUCUAUCAAGUUAAUCAGCGCUUAAACUAUUUGAGAAGUAUCUAAUUUUAUUAACUAUUCAAGAUGCGUAGUAAAGGUAGUGCCUAUGAUGAAUCCAGAUGGAGUUAUUCUAGGCAAUUAUAGAACUGGCUUAGCAGGAAAGGAUUUGAACAGGAAGUUCAAAUAGACUGAUGGAAUUCUAUUCCCUACUGUCCAAGCAAUGAAGAGACUAGUUAAAGAUUAAUACAAGAAAUAUGGAAGUAAUUUAACUGCAUUUAUCGAUUUACAUGGACAUUCUAGUAUGAAUAACAUAUAAACUAGUCAAAAAGAAUGCCUUUUUGUAUGGUCCAGAAUAUACUCUCUGGAAUUAUAAUUAUUAUAAGUGUCGUAUAUUACCAAAAUUACUUAGUUAAAAAACAGAUAUGUUUAGAUUUUACUCCUCAUUAUUCAAAAUAAGUUUAAAUAAGAGGUCAACUGCUCGAGGAGUUUUUUCUCAAUUGUAUGACAUAGUAAAUUGUUUUACAAUUGAGACUUCGAUUGGUAAAUACUACAACUAAACUUAAACAUUUGAUUUCACUUCUAAACAUUGGUUAAAUAUGGGUUGGAUUAUUGGAGAAACAUUAAUUGAUAUGAUUGACAUUCAGAAUGAAAUGGAUUAGAUUUAUAGUACAAAAAGCGAUGAGCUCAGUAGAUCUAAUAGAUUAAUGAAAAAUUUAUAAUUUCUUAAGAAGAAAAGUAUCAUUGAUUCUUGUUAAAUAUCAUUUUAAAAUACAAAAUUUUCAAAGUUGCUUGAAGAAUUAAAAAAUGAUGCAGAUAAAAUGAACUAAUCUUGCUCGGAAUGUAACUCAGAUUCAUUAAAUGAUGAUGAGAAAGAAGAAGAAUUAAUUGAAAAUUAAUCUGUCGAAAUCAUGAAACCUAAAUCUAAAUCAAACACAUCAAAACAAUUUAUAACAUUGUAAUCAAGUUAAAAAUCUAAAUUAGAAUCAAAAUGUAGUCCUAAAACAUUUUCAAAAUAAACUAAAAUGUAUUCGGUUGAAUCAUAUCAAAACAAAACCUAAUAACUUUGUUAAUCGCCUACUCCAUAAAUAAAUCUAAAAGAUAUUUUAUCUCGCUCUUAAUCCAAAUAAUAAAAUGAAAUUACAAAAUAUAUCACGAACUACAUCAAUCAAUAAUUUGACUAUAUCGAUUUACUAGAAAAUCCUUCUAAUUUAAAUUAAUCUAUGCAAUAACAAAUUUAAGCUUUGAUGCCUAGACCCUCUACAUCCUAAUUAGAAGGAUUGGAUGACGAAAGAUUCACCCCUAUCUAAGGACUUAAUUCUUGUAAUUAAUCUGUCUCUAAACGCCACACUAGAUUGCAUAGUUACCUAACCGUAAACAAAUAAAAGAAGAAUAAGAAUACUAACAGAAGUACCACUAAAUCGCCUCCUUUUGAAAUUCCUAAAAAUCGAGGAAAUACACAUAGGAAUAAUACUCAAACUAAUUCUACAGCCAUAAAUUCAAAAUUACAGAUGAACAUCUCAUAAGAGCCAAACAAGAUAUUUGAUUCUUUUAAAUCUUCAAGGUAUGUUCCUCCUUCCUUUUAUUCUGUAAGAAGACAUAUGAUAAAAAGACUCAAAAGUUGA